AUGGAUAGUAAUGAGGACUUAUUUAAGUUCUGGGAGCAUGCAAUACCUGAUGAUAGAGGAUUUAUAUGUUUACAUUUGAAGAUAUUAAAUUCUGAAUUCGGUAAUGACAAUGACUUCAUCGAGGCUGCAAUGGAACAACCAGUGACAGUAAUUGAUGAGACUCCAAAGAAGUCCCAUAAGAGGAUUGCUAAAAAAGCCAGUUUCAAAGGAAAAGGUUAUUCUUGCGUUAGUCAAGCCAGUGUUGUGGGUUCUAGCAGUGUACCCAUUCAAGUGACUGAAAACUUUAACCAUGAUUACUGGGUUGAUGCAGUCAAGAAUACUGAUACAGUGAACCAGAUUGAUGCAGUGAACAACAAUGAUGCAGGUGAUGAAGAGGAUGAUAUUGAUUAUGAAGAUAUUGUCAAGACAUAUAAAGUUGGAGAUGAAAGUAGUGAUUCAAGCAGCGGUGAAGAAGAUGAUGAAGAAGGUAUUGAAUAUUAUAGGACCACAUAUGCAAAUGAUGUCACACCCUUAGAAGACAUAACUGAAUGGGUAUGGGAAGAUAAGGCAACCAUGAACGUCAACGUAAACCCUCCUCCUUAUCAGAGAAAAACUGGAAGACCAGCAAAGAAGAGGAAGAGAAGUUAUGAUGAACCUGAAAUUGUGGUGAAGAAAAGGAAGUGUGGAAAAUGUGGAUCUAUUGCUGGCCACAACAAGAGAACCUGUGCUGGUGGUGAUGUUGGUAAAAACCAAACUGGAUUCAAGCCAAGCACUGAGUAUGAUGCUGCAAAAUGCACCUUCACACAGAGAGAUCAGCCUGAAAGUAGCACUGCAAGGGGUAAAGCCAAGGUGAACAGAUCCAGAGGUACAUCAUUUUUUGUUGGUGGGUCAUCUGUAGGACCUAGCACUCAAGGAAGACCAGUAGAAGGACCUAACACUCAUGGAUCUACACAAGAUAAUCAAAAUUUCAGUCAGAAUUUUGCUGGUAUUGGAUCUGUCAGUCAACAUCUUUCUGUCACAAAGGGAAAGCAAACCAAGGCUAAGAAGACUAGGAAGUAGAAGUGUGUGUGCUUUAUUGUUUGUUUUAGAUAUGUUGUGGACAAGUAUCUAAUUGAUGGUUAGUUUUUUUGGUUGCUUUAGACACUGAUUCUGGUCUGGACAUGUAUAUGUACCAGAAAUCAGUUUUAUUUUGA